CCGCUCCAGCAGCCGCCGCCGCCACCACCGCCACCACCGCCGGGAGCUCGAUGGGCUUCUCUUGCGCGCCGCCCUGUGUCUGGCCGAGUCCAGGGAGCCGCGGCGCCUCGUGCCGGGGAGCCAUCGCUGCAGCCCGAGGCCGGAUCGCGGGUCGGGGGCUGCAGGGGGAGCGACGGCGGCGGCGGCAGCCGAGCCCCACCGGGGGCCUGGGACUGGGGAACUGCCUCCGGCUUCACGGUCAGUUGGAUGCCAGUAUGGACAGAAUAGCUUAUGAUGCUUAUCCCCGCCCACCACUUCCGAGACAUUGAGCGGAAGCCAGAAUACCUCCAGCCGGAGAAGUGCGUCCCACCUCCCCACCCCAGUCCUGUGGGAACCAUGUGGUUUAUCCGCGAUGGCUGUGGCAUCGCCUGUGCCGUUGUCACCUGGUUUCUGGUCCUCUAUGCGGAGUUUGUGGUCCUCUUUGUCAUGCUGAUUCCAUCCCGAGACUACGUGUACAGCAUCAUCAAUGGAAUUAUGUUCAACCUGCUGGCCUUCUUGGCCCUGGCUUCCCACUGCCGGGCCAUGUUGACGGACCCCGGGGCAGUGCCCAAAGGAAAUGCCACUAAAGAAUUCAUCGAGAGUUUACAGCUGAAGCCUGGGCAGGUGGUGUACAAGUGUCCCAAAUGCUGCAGCAUCAAGCCUGACCGAGCCCACCACUGCAGUGUUUGUAAGCGGUGCAUUCGGAAGAUGGACCACCACUGUCCCUGGGUCAAUAACUGUGUUGGCGAGAACAACCAGAAGUACUUCGUCCUGUUUACAAUGUACAUAGCUCUCAUUUCCUUGCACGCCCUCAUCAUGGUGGGAUUCCACUUUCUGCACUGCUUUGAAGAAGAUUGGACAAAUCUCCUGCAAGCCUAUGGACCUAUCAGGGAAGAAACAGCAGAGGCCCGAAUAUCUCUUCAUGAAAAAAAGCAGCCCCUUAAAGUCAGUUCCACAGAGUGCAGCUCCUUCUCGCCGCCCACCACAGUCAUCCUCCUCAUCCUCCUGUGCUUCGAGGGGCUGCUCUUCCUCAUUUUCACAUCAGUCAUGUUUGGGACCCAGGUGCACUCCAUCUGCACGGAUGAGACGGGCAUUGAGCGCCUCAAGCGAAAGCACCAGCCCAGGGAACGCACAGGCAGCUGGAAGUCAGUCAAAGAGACCUUUGAUGGGGACUUUUCCCUGAACUGGUUCAACCCCUUCUCCGGACUGCGUCAUCCAAAGCCUCUCAGUGACGGUGACUGGGUGCGACAGGUGGCAUCGCUGUCAGACACUGAGAACACAGAAACAACAGAGGAGCAGUCAGAGCAGAGGAAGGACGAGGACUCUGUGGAGGUGAUAGAUGAAUGAUGCUGUGGGGAGAGGGCCAGGCACCAGGCAGUCGCAUCACCCUAUACGCCGGCGGCGUGGCCACAGGGCUCCUGGGCACCACUCGCUCCCCUGCGCCCACUGCUCCCUUCACACCACCCCCUUGGCCUUGCCGUCCUCUGACCCCUCCUCCCUCUCCCCACGUUGGACCAGGUCGGAGAUGGGGGUGGACUAGGGGUGACAGAGGAAGACGAGAAACUUGCUCUGAGCUCAUCUGCCCAUGAGGGAUUGUCGGGAACCAUUCUCCGAGGCUGGGCGCCCUUCACAGCCGGUGCAGCCUCACCCAGCAAAGGAAGCUCUGAAUCGGGCAGCCUGGGGGCAGAAAAGAACUGGCCUCUGUCCUUUCUUGGGAUGUCUGUCUUCUCUUGAGAAGGUUGGGGCCCAGGCUCCUGGCUUUUGAGAACUAAGGCUGUGCGGUUGUGAUGGAAGAAGAGAGCAGGGCUGGCCUUGGGAACCUGGGGUGGGACACUGGCAUCAGGAGAGAUGAACCUGGAAAGGCUGAAAGGAUCCUGGUCACUCCCCUGAAAGGGCUUCCCCCUGGUGCCUGCCUAAACUAGAAGAAAGGCAUGGCGGCCUCAGCUACCUUCAGGGCUCAGGCUUGUUUUGAGAGAGGACUCCAACAGCAGGCUAUACACACACACACGGGACAUGCCCAGGUUGGAAGCAAGCCUGAGUUAUGACAGUAACACCAAAACUUAGCUCCCGUUCCAUAGAUACUAGAAUCCCUGAGUCAGCUUGGAGGUGUCCUGCCUUGUGGCUAAAAAUCUGUCCAUUCCCACUGGAGGGUCGGGAGGAAGAACCUAUUUAGAGCUACCGGAACUCUGACCUCCCCCAUGAGAACUGCAUUUAACUGCCCGUCCUGGAGAGAGUCUAACUACCUACAUGGGCAGAACUGACCAGAAAUCUGGCCUGAAUGUUUUAGGCCAGUUCUCCCAAGACAGUGCCCAUCAUGAAUCUCUGAAAGGAUGGGUGGUGGCCAGGGCCUGCAGAUUGAAACAGCCCCCCGCCACAUACACACACACACACACACACACACACACACACACACAUACACUACCAGAGAGGGCAUCCUGCAGAUUGAAACAGCCCCCCGCCACACACACACACACACACACACACACACACACACACACACACUACUACCAGAGAGGGCAUCCUGCAGAUUGAAACAGCCCCCCGCCACACACACACACACACACACACACACACACACACACACACACACACACACACACACACACACACACACACACACACACACUACCAGAGAGGGCAUCGCUGGCGGGCCCCUGUGCUGCUGCCCACAGCUCUGCUUCCAGGCCAGCCCUAUGGGGCCACCAGCACUGGUGAGAUGAGGUGGUGGGCAAGGCAGACUUGGGGCACCCCUUGGGAUGUCUUCUUUACCCCAAAGGUCAGGAAGGGGCACCCUUGUUUAACACCCUUCGUUUCCUGGGUCUGGUCCAAGUCACGACCCCUCUGGCUGGCCUGUCCCCUCUGCACUCCGAGGUGGAGGCCCACAGGGUUACAAAGGCAGCUUUAUUCCUGGGGAUGGGGGAGUGGAUGGGAGGUACAGAGGGAUGGAUCUUACCUCCUUGGCCAUGAGAGAGAGGGACUGAAGCAACAGGAUCAGCAAAUUCACAGACCACAUCUAGGGCCACAUCCAAGAUGGUUCCCAAGGGAAGGCCUUCCUGAAAAGGGGACCUGGGGUCCAGCAGCAUGUCCGGGGAGCACAGGGCUGGCCGUCCUCACCGCGCGUGAGCUGGGAGUGCUCAGCAGGGCAAGGGCCUGGGAUGGGCCUGCCUGGUAUGAGGGGGAGGGCUGCUCUCCGAUCACUCCCAAUGCUGCCUGGAGGAGGGGGUGUUUCAGGUGUUAGAGUGAGAGUGACAUGUGUGGAUGGGACCAGGUGAGGAGGCUGUGGCUUCCUUGGAGAAGGUUCGGGGCUGUAUGGAGGGAGCAGGUAUGCAGGCUCCCUCACCAGGAGAGGUGGGGCCAUUCACCAUCUUCCUCCCUCCCUCCCUCACCCCCCCACCCCCGCGCUGGCCCCCUUGAAGGUUCCUGAUUUUAACUUACCAACACCAUCAGUCAUCAAGUAGGAGGGACCACUGGGUCAUCCGCCCCCACCAAGGGGCUGGGGCUCCUUCCACGUGGAAGACUGGACAUGCCUACUACACUACAGGUGCCUCGAAGGCUCACCAACCGUGGGGAAGCGUAGGGGCUGUGAAGUUGGGUUUUAGGUGCCAUAGUUUCAAGUUGCCUGAAGUUGUCGAAAGUCAAAGGUGAACAGACAGCACCUGGCCCUCAGUCCUGCUUCUGGUUUGGCGGGCAGGCCUAGGCCCAGGCUCAGUGUGUGCAGAGAUCCGAGGGAAAGGCCCCGUCCAUCCGCUCUUCCUCAGGUAGGCCCCCGUCAGGGAAGGAAGAGGGAUGGGAUUUCAGGCAGACAAUAGCGAGGAGAGAAUGUAUUUCCAGCAGGCCCAGCCCAGCUCUGGCAGAAGACUCUACUUAGCUGGUGCGUCCAGGGCUGAUGCACUCUGGGGCUGAAAAGGUGGUCCCUCCUCACGGGGCAAGUGGGCAGCAGCUUCUGAUAGCCUGUGUCUCCAGGGAGGGACUCUGUGGCUGUGGACGCCUUUGCUUCUGACUGCAGAUAGUGGUGGCCCUGCUCUUUGAGGCCAUGACUCAAGGCAGGGAGGUGAGGUUCUGUGGCCCAAGCUGGGCGUUUCUAGCUGUCAACAGGCUACCCUGUGAUUCCACAUGACCUGGCCUAGUGGGUCCUGCUGCCUGUGGUUUGUGUUGGCCUUUGAACGCUAACUUUCACCCAGCUGGCUCUUGAAUCUGCCCUCAUAUGAGUAAUCAAAUCUAAUCAUCUGAAAUCUAAUGAGUAAUAAAAUCUAAUUAUCCGAAAGCUAAUCCCAAAGCAGGAAAUGCUGAAACGCUCAGCCAAGGCUUAGAGCCAGUCAGAGCUGCUGCCUCUUUCCAAGGCAUCAGGCGAAGGCUAGUUGUGAUGAGAACAGUCCUCUCAGCAUGAAGCUCUUUCACCUGAUUGGAACUAAACUUGAUAAAUUUCUCAAGUCCAGCUAUUGUUGGGAUGCCUUUUAUUUGGAAUCUAAUGGUCUCACCUGGCUUCACCGUCCUGGAAAAUUCAGACACACAGACAAGCAUUCAGCUGAGGAUGCUGCAGGAGAGGGGAGGUAAGUUGUGUGAGAAACCAGGGGUCCCAACCUCAGCUCAGCCUCUUUGAAGGGCCCUGGCCAUUCCUGGACACGGCACAGUGGGCAUCCAUGCUGGGCGCUGUGAGAAGCACCUAGGGAGCUUCUGAUGAACACUGGUGGUUAAACCCAUGCUGGAGAGUCAGAUGCAGCCUGUCAGGGUUGGAACAUGGCACCAGGGCAGGGCAGGGGUGCCAGUAGCAUCUCAGCUGUUGGCAGCACUGUUUAUAAACUGACAAGCUAAGAACGAGUUCAGCCUCUGACUUGCUGUGUCUGAUCCACACAGUGAUUUUUACAACUUGAAUUAAUUGCCGCAUUUUAAGACCCAGGAGCUUUACACUGUAGAAGAACACACACGCUCCUCUAGCCUAUUCCAAAAGGUCAGAAGAUCCGGAAGUGCAGGGCCCACGUUCCUACACAGUCUCAGUUAGAUGAGGUGAGUGGCAGCACCCACUCCUGUUUACCACGGUCAUCCCUGUUCCUGUUUGUCCACAACACCCCACUGGCCCCAUUGUUACCGCCAACUGGUCUGGCCAGUUUGAGUCUGUGCCCCCUGGGUCUAUAGGCUGCCUCUUCACUCACCAUCACCCUGGGGGAAGACAAAGGGCCAGGAACAAGCAUGACCUCUGGAGCCAGACAGACCUGGGUCCUCUUAGGCACUCAGGCCGUUCUCUAUCCAUUUUCCUCUUGCUGUUUGGCCCAUUUGACUUUCACAGCUGUGCCAUGCGGUGAACAGGUAUUAUUAUCCCCAUUUUAUAGAUGAGGAAACUGAGGUUCAGUUUCUGAGGCUUGCUGAAGGCCAGUCCCCUGGCUAGUUAGAAUAAACUGGCCCCGGUAUGGCACUCACCAGAUCUGGGACACAGUUCUGAUGCUUUAGAUGACUCUGCUGCCUCUUUGGGCCUCAGUAUUCUCCGAUGUAAAGCAAGGUGAUUAAACCAGCUUCCAGGGGCUCUUCCAGCUCUGACAUUUCACAAACCCUCCUAGGAAUCCUGCCCGUGUUUACAGAUGUUCUUGCUCCAUGGGUAUUAGCAACAGUUGUUUCAUAUGAAAUCCAAGAGGAACAUCUGUUUUAUGGUGGAUCACAGAAAAGGAAUCAUCUAGCCUCUCACUACUAAAAUGUGCUCUGGGGCUUCCCUGGUGGCGCAGUGGUUAGGAAUCCGCCUGCCAAUGCAGGGGCCACGGGUUCGUGUCCCGGUCCGGGAAGAUCCCACAUGCCGCGGAGCGGCUAGGCCUGUGAGCCACAACUACUGAGCCUGCGCGUCUGGAGCCUGUGCUCUGCAACGGGAGAGGCCGCGACAGUGAGAGGCCCGCGCACCGCGAUGAAGAGUGGCCCCCGCUCGCCACAACUGGAGAAAGCCCUUGCACAGAAACGAAGACCCAACACAUCCAAAAAUAAAUAAAUAAAUAAAUUUAUAAAAAAUAAAAUGUGCUCUGGGGGCCACACUAUUGGCAACAGUGGCAUCACCUGGGAGCCCUGUUAGAGACACAGAUUCUGAGCCUCCAACCCCACCUGCUGAAUCAGAAUACACAUUUUAACAAUAUUCCCCCAGUUAAUUUGUCUGUAUCUUAAGGUCUAAGGAAAACAGUAGUUUACUGGUUUUUCCUUGGAAUAUUCAGACACCCUAUAAGAAAUAGACCAUCAGAAACCUUCGUUCAGGAACAAAGCAUUAGAGUUUGGUCAAGUCCUUUGCUAGAUCUAUCAGCGUAUCAAAAUCAAUAGUUUCCAUAUAGUCCAGCAAGCAAGUACAAAAUAUAAUGAAAAAUAUUUCAUUCACAAAAGCUAUAAAUACAUCUUGGAUGUAAUCCCACUAGGAAUGUGCAAAUUGUGUAUGAAAAAUAAAACUUUUCUAAAUGUAACAAAGAAGACCUGAAUAAAUGGAACAA